CGUUUGGCGCUUGUCUGGCAAAUGUCUUUGUCAUCUCUGUAGAAAUUGCGCGCUGACAGUGACAUCAACAUUAUUCUUCCUCUUUCAAAGAGCAAAUGAAGACGUCAAGAGAUCAAAGUUGACCACCACGCAGUUUCUUCCCUAUUUCAAACUCUUCGUUUGACUGUUGCCUCUCCGUGUAGCUUUCUUUCUUUAACCGUGACAGCGACUUUAAUGUAAUCUGUGGUUGUGGGCGUUAAAGAGACACUUCUGAGCAAUAACUUUACGUCGUAAAGAAGAUGGCUUUACUGUUCUGCGAUGCCUUUUGGGGUGCUGACUUUACUGACCAAUCGGGUUAUGAAGCGAUAUUGCAGAGGUUACAGGAUGGCAGACACAUGUGCAAAGAUGUAGAAGAACUGUUAAAAAUGAGAGCACUAGCGGAGGAGAAGUACGGCCGAGAUCUGGUGGCAAUUGCUCGGAAGGCAGAAGGUCAAACUGAAAUUGGAACAUUAAAGGCCUCGUUUGACAAAUUAAAAGCAGAAAUUGAGAAGACAGGAAACCUGCACAUCCAGCUAUCUGAAAGGAUAAAGGAGGAAGUUCAGAAAAUAGAGGCAUUUCGAGAGCACCAGAGGGAACAGAGAAAAAAGCUUGAAGAGAUUAUUGAAAAACUUCAGAAGCCUAAAAUGCUGUUGCACAAGAAGACCAUGGAGUCAAAAAGGUUACAUGAGCAGAGGUGUAAGGAGGCAGAAGAGGCUGAGCAAGCAGUGGGGAAGAAGACAAAUGUGACCACCUCCACCCACCGGCAAUCAGAAAAGGUGAUGAACAGGGCGCGGUUAUGCAGGCAGGCAGCCAACCUUGCAGAAAAGCAAUACAAAUGGAAUGUUGAUCAACUAAAAAAAAUGUGCCAGGACUGGGAAAGCACAUACAGGAGUGCAUGUGAGGUGUUCCAGCAGCAGGAGUCUGAGCGCAUUAAUAUCUUGCGCUGUGUGUUAUGGGAUCAUUGCAAUCUGCUGUCCAUGCAGUGUGUCCAGGAUGAUGACUGCUGUGAGGAAGUAAGAAUGAUUUUAGAGCAGUGUGACAUCAUCACUGACAACAACUGCUUCAUUAAAAUGAAAAAGACGGCCUGUCGUCCUCCAGCUCCCAUUGAGUUUCAGAGUUACUCUGAUAUGGACGCUAAUGGAGGAGUCAGGAGUGUUGAAACGAAGAGAUUAUCUGUCAUGCUUCCAGGGAUGUCUUUCAGUGGGUAUCCUGAAGCAGCCAGUAAUUCAGCUGGAUCAGACACAUCUGCUCAACAAACAGGAGGAGGACCUGAGAAGUACAUGGUGAUAUAUGAUUUUAAAGCUCAGGAAGAUGAUGAGCUGUCUGUCAGUAAAGGACAAGUUGUCACAAUCACUGAGAAAGGCGAGGAUGGGUGGUGGAGAGCGUGGAGGGAUGGAAUAUCCGGGCUAGUCCCUGGAACAUACUUGACCAAAAUCUCACCACAGAGUCACAGUACACGUCUUGCGGCUGCUCAUCCUGAUCAUAAUCCCAUCAAAUAGAGUUUAGUAGUCAUUACACCAAGCCUGUGGAUUAGUUCAGCAUGCAGAUUGAUGUAGUGUGAUUACGUCAGUGUAGCAAUCUAGCAGUAAAUCAUACUAUGAAGACAUUAGCUUUCUUGACAGGCAUUUUUUGGAUUUUUUAACAAUCUUUAAGUGAAUAUAAAUUAUUCUAAAGUUGUUCGUAUAAUGGUACUGAUCUCAAUACAGUUUAAUCCAGUUUUUAUCAUGGUGUGUAUUUAAAAAAUAUUCAACAAAAAGUUAUAUGACUUGUAUUAGAAUUAUGAAUUAUAAAGUUUAAUUUUUUUUUUACAAUUACUUGUAAUGUCUGUACUGUAAUAUAUAUAAAUAUAACACUGUAAUGUAUACAUUUAGUUUUAUCAAUUUUGUAAUAUAUUGUUAUAACUUAUUUGUCUGCUAAAUGUUGUAAUUUACAUGUUCACUCAGUUCACUCAAAAAAGGACUCAGAAAAAAGGACUCAUAACCCAUAUGUCUCAGCAAUGCAUUCAGAAAUGUAAAUGCAUGAUUAAAUUGAAAUGCACACCAAAUAAAUUCACAGAAAUAUGCAAACAUCUGA